UUUUUAUUUCUUUGUGAUCGAAAGUGUUUGAACUGAAUUUUAACAACAUAAGAUUUGCAUUAUGUACUCUUAAAUUUUACUAUUUGAGUUAUUUUAUAACUUUUAUGUGAUGUUAAUUACAUUUUAUAGAAAGACAAAAUCAAAAUUAUUAAUUGAGAUGUAAAUGCAAAACGUAAUAAACUUUCUUCGUAUCCAAACGUCGGAUAGUUUUCUCGAGAAAACUCAUUCGAGCUAAAAUGAGGAGAAUCCAUUCAUUUGCCCCAGGACUCUCCAGUUACUGAAUCUUGAUGCGAUGAAUUUUACUGUUGAAUUUGAUGCCAGAGGGUUUCGACUUGCUUGAGAUUAUUUAUUGAAUGCAAGGUAUUUGAUAAAAUGCUCAAGCGAAUCUCUACUUGAGUCAACACUAUCGACCAAUGCGAGUUCCUAUUUUGAUGGGCUUACUGUUUAUUUGAUCGAAAUGGUUGAAACACGUUUGGUUAAUCUUGUAUGCCCUCAUGCAUAGAUGAUGUCUAUUCCCAUGGGUUUGAGAGCUUAUUCCAUAGACUUUUUACUUCAGUAAUACCGGUUUGGUCUUGGGAACUAAAAUCCUGGAUGGUAAAGAGUUGAAGAAAUUUGGGGGAACCUGAAAAAGCCUCUUCUUAUGGGUUGUGUUUACUUCUUCUUGGUGUGUCUAGUUGAUGCGCUUGCCUGAUUCAUUUUCUCAAGUGCAAUUCAGUCUCCCUUAUUUUGCUGUUGGGAGAAAAGGCAAGAAAGCAUGCAAGCAGUGGCUCUGUGGGGGCAAAGCAGGCAGCUCCUUCAGGCAAUUCGUCGAACAUUUGGUGUCACUUGUAUUCCUAUCAAUCAUCAGAUAAUUCCUUCUGGUUUCAACUUUCUUUUUAGCCAAAUGCCAGAUAAUUUUGUUGAGAAAACGGAUUUUGAGCAAAAGGGAGAAGAACCCAAGUGUUUGUCUCUGAGAAUUGAGAGACUACCAAGAGGAGAACCAGUUGGGGCUGCAUUUCAGGGCUGGAUGGGUGAGGGGUUUCCCAUUCAUAGAGGUGAUAUUUUCCAUGCAAUAAAUCGCUUGAGGAAGCUCAACAUGAGCAAACGUGCCCUUGAGGUGAUGGAAUGGGUCAUCAGAGAAAGGCCAUACAGGCCAAAGGAGUUAGACUACUCAUAUCUGUUGGAAUUUACAACUAAAGUUCAUGGGAUAUCACUAGGUGAAAAGCUCUUUUGUCGUGUCCCUUCCGAGUUUCAGAAUGAAUUGCUUUACAACAAUCUUGUGAUUGCGUGCUUGGACAAAGGUGUGAUAAGACUUUCACUUGAGUACAUGAAGAAAAUGAGAGAAUUGGGACACCCCAUCUCAUAUUUGGUUUUCAAUCGCCUCAUAAUUCUCCAUUCUUCUCCAGCCCGUAGGAAAAUAAUACCCAAAAUCCUUAUCCAAAUGAAGGCUGAUAAGGUAACCCCACAUGUCUCUACCUAUAACAUUCUCAUGAAAAUAGAGGCUAAUGAACACAGUGUUGAGGGUUUGACAAAAACUUUCUACGAUAUGAAGAAAGCCAAGGUUGAGCCAAAUGAGAUAUCCUACUGCAUAUUAGCUACUGCUCAUGUAGUGGCAAGGCUACAUACUGUUGCCGAAGCAUACGUUGAGGCUGUGGAGAAAUCGAUGACGGGAAGUAACUGGUCAACACUAGAUGUCCUAGUUAUUUUGUAUGGGUAUAUUGGGAAGGAGAAAGAACUGGAGAAAACUUGGGGAAUUGUGCAAGGACUUCCCCAUGUUAAGUCCAAAUGUUAUAUUUUGGCGAUCGAAGCAUUUGGUAGAAUUAGAAAGAUAAGUAGAGCAGAAGAUAUCUGGUUAGAGAUGAAGUCAACAAAAGGGUUGAAAUCAACAGAACAGUUCAACUCUAUAAUCUCCGUAUAUUGCAAGCAUGGGUUAAUUGAUAAAGCAACUGGGAUUUUCAGAGAAAUGGGGGCUAGUGGCUGCAAGCCUAAUUCUAUUACUUACCGACAUCUUGCUUUGGGUUGCUUGAAAGCUGGUUUAAUGAAGGAAGGUUUAAAAACUUUAGAAUUGGGAUCGGAUAUGAAUACGAGCAGAAGGGUCAGGAAUUCAACCCCAUGGUUGGAAACCACUCUUUCAAUAAUCGAGAUCUUUGCAGAAAAGGGCGAUGUAGGGAAUGUGGAGAAAUUGUUUGUAGAAUUAAAAAAUGCCAAAUAUAGCAGGUAUACCUUUGUGUACAAUACUUUGAUUAAGGCAUAUGUGAAGGCCAAGAUUUAUGAUUCAAAUCUCUUGAGGAGGAUGAUUUUGGGAGGAGCCAGGCCAGAUGCUGAAACUUACAGUCUACUGAAACUUGCUGAACAAUUUAGAUCCUGAAUACAAUUUUGCGAGGUUUACAAAUUGUGUUUAUUAUUUCGAAGAUUCUUUUCAUCACAGUAUAUAAAAUGCAAGGCAUCAUCAUUGUAAAAGAAGGUAAUUCAUGAAGGGUGGAGUAAAUGUAAAUUCUGAGAGAAUGAUAAUGUCGUUCGUGAAUGAUGAUUCGAUAACUUAAAUUUGUCUCUUAUGGUUCUGA